AUGGUAUCUGAACUAUCCUUCAAACUUCCAAGCUCAUACAAAACGGUUUCCACAACCGGUCAUGUCGUGGUUUCGCAUCACCCACCUGACUCCCUAACAGUAACAUCAGUCGUUAUAGUAACGCUGAAUCGCCCAGAACACCACAAUGCCUUUACUGAAAAGAUGGCCCAGGACUUUGAGAUGCUCUUCCCCAUGUUCGACGUUGACGAAAGGAUAAAUGUGAUUGUAUUAACAGGGGCCGGCAAGACAUUUUGCGCGGGGGCUGAUCUUGACAUUGGAUUUUCUUCCGAGCAAGAGAAUUUGACCAAUUAUCGUGAUAGUGGGGGACGCGUUGCACUUGCUAUUCAUCACUGUCGCAAACCGACUAUCGCUGCUAUGCAAGGCUCAGCUGUUGGCGUGGGUAUGACCAUGACCCUUCCAGCGAUCAUCCGAAUCGCCUACGAGAAAGGUAAAUAUGGCUUUGUUUUUGGCCGUCGCGGCAUCACCAUGGAAUCAUGCUCCUCUUACUUCCUCACUCGUUUGAUCGGUCAUUCAAAUACCAGUUACCUAGUCAGUUCUGGCGGUAUAUUCCCACCAUCAUCGAAACACUUCGGAGAUCUAUUUAACGAAGUUAUGCCCAACGUGUCGCAGGUUCUGCCACGUGCCCUUGAGUUAGCGAGCGAGAUAGCUGAGAAUGUAAGCCCGACUUCAUCUUACCUCAAUCGGGCUUUGAUAUGGCGGGAUACCGGGUCGCCUGAGUUGGCGCAUUUGGUGGAGUCUCGCAUUCUUUACCAUAUGGUUAAGAAUCCAGACCAGAAGGAGGGGGUUGCUGCUUUCUUUGAGAAGAGAAAGCCUAACUUCAAGGCUGACCUUGAUGAAAACAUACCGGCGAAUGUACCCUGGUGGAAUGAAGUUGAUACUCGUAGAAAGCCUAGGGCCACGGGGUCAUCAAAACUAUAG